AUGGGAUCCGUCACCGUAGUGAUCGUCGGCGCCAGCCUCUUGAUGCUGGCCUCUGCCCAUCCCCAACAUUUCUAUGAACGUGGACCUCAAACUCUGUUCCAGGGACACCACGAAAAUCAAGUCGAGACCCAUUCGAAGUGCUCCAACAAGCUGCACCCGGUUUCGGUUGGGGAUGCCAACCCGACCUACCGGCCGGCAUCGUACUCCGAGUUCCUUGAGGUCCUGCUAGACUGCUUCAACACCCUGCGCAUCCCGCUGCAGCGGUUCCCCGCGUACCUGGCCGGUCUGUUCCCGGAGGAUGCGGAAACCAAGUGCCUGCUCCGUUGCGUGGCCAUCAAGCUGGGAGUCUACAGCGACGAGACUGGUGCCGAUCUUGAGCGCCACUGCCUGCAGUUCGGAUUGGGCGAGUGCUGCGAUGCCUUUGCCCAGCGUCACGCCCUCUGCCUGCAGCAAAACUCGGUCCCGUGCCCGGACCGCUGCACGGCCGCCUACAAGCAGGAACUCUGCUUCCAGGAGCCGAUGGCCAAGUACAUGGACUUCCACUUCAACGACUUCGUCGCUCAGAUGCACAAGGUCAAGUGUAGCCACAACAUGCCCAUGCUGCAUCCUUAA